AUAGUCUCCAUCGGCCAUUUUGUGCGAGAAGCCGCAGCGCCGCCUCUUCUUUCGCGUCCUCCCAUCCGUCGCCGCCGCCUCUUCCUCCGCCUCCUCCUUUGCGUCUUCCUGCCUCCUCCUGGCUUCCGCCGCCGCAGACGCUCCAGUCGAAUCCCAACCCCGGGGCGAAGCUUUCCUUUAUUUAUUUCCGUUUUCUCGCCACUGCAGCCUCCUGACACGGUGAUCCGGGCGGGCCCCGCAGGAAUUUUAUCCCCUCACCGGCCUCACACUAGUAUCGCAUGUCCACUAUCCAGAACCUCCAAUCUUUCGACCCCUUUGCUGAUGCAACUAAGGGUGACGACUUACUCCCGGCAGGGACUGAGGAUUACAUUCAUAUAAGAAUCCAGCAACGGAACGGCAGAAAGACACUGACUACUGUUCAGGGCAUUGCAGAUGAUUAUGACAAAAAGAAACUUGUGAAAGCUUUCAAAAAGAAAUUUGCCUGUAAUGGUACUGUGAUUGAACAUCCCGAAUACGGGGAGGUUAUUCAGCUUCAAGGUGACCAAAGAAAAAAUAUUUGCCAGUUUCUCUUGGAGGUUGGCAUUGUCAAGGAGGAACAGCUUAAGGUUCAUGGAUUCUAAAAUGAACUAAAUACAUGGAGCAUUUCUUGAAUAAUUUUGUUCUCUAAACCCAGUUUGGCUGCCUUGUGAAAUGAUUCUCUGCAGUAAAUGGACUUUUCAUUUAUUUAAUCAUUCAAACUCCCAUUCACAUCUGCAUGAUUACAGAAAACAUGGGGUAUGUAGGCUAGUAACACAUAAGAAAAUUGCAGUAAGAUGGUAACAACCCCGUAUUCAUCUUAACAUGUUUCCAAUGGAAAAGAUUUUGUUUUGAGUGUUUAUUGUUCAGUUUAUUACUUCUCACUUGAUUAAAUGUUUUUUUGUUGUAUUAAACCCUGUAUGUUGCAGCUUAACAAUAAAAAAAAAAUCUAUGAAUACUUUUGUGAGCAGUUAUGCUCCUAAGUCUAAGCAAGUAAGGUACACAUACAUGUUUUGUGUUUC